GCACGCAGGACGUUCCUGAGGAUUACCCGUCAUGCCCCGCGGGUGAAGAUGGCGACAGCUGAGCGGAGCCGCAGAUCAACUUUCUCCUCCCGGUUCUGAGCGCUUCUCAUCCCGCAAACCGCAGCGUGUCCGGCCGCCGCUUCUCCGGCUGCCGCCCGCUCCCGUCGCCUCGUCCCUCGGAUCAUCUGCGACCGGAUGUGAUCGCUGCUGCCCGGCCUCCUCCCUCCCUGCCGCCGGAGCUCCGGGUAAACUUUCCUGUCGUCUCCGGGUGCUGGUGGAGAUUAGCCGAGCCGAGCUAACUGCAGGUGGUCUGAGGUUCACAUGCCCACGGGAGAAAGAGGAGGAGGAAAUGGACUGAAUGUGAGAGGGCACAGCAGAGAGGAUGGAGAGCAUAGUGUACUGAUGUACAAGGACUGACAAAUCAACAGGAAGUAAAGAAACUAAGAAGCAGGAUCCAGGAUCCAGGAUGACGAGCGCAGCCCCUGCCAGGAAGCCGUAUCGUAAGGCUCCACCACAGCACCGCGAGACCCGCCAUACCAUGCCCGUCGCUCCACCCCCACCUGUGCCGCAGCCCGACAUCAAUCAGGAGGCGUUAACAGAUGCUGACAGGAUCAGAAUCCUCCAACAGCAGAAUGAGGACCUGCGGCACCGCCUUUCUCUCUCCACCCACAAGAUGGAGGCCAUGGAGGCGGAGUUUGAUGGCAACCGUCAUUACAUGGAGGCGGAGCUAAGCCGGACCAGAGACGACUUGGAUAAGAUGAGGGACAAGUUCCGCAGACUCCAGAACAGCUACACAGCGUCUCAGAGAACCAAUCAGGACCUGGAGGAGAAGCUUCACGCUCUGGCUGCCAUCAGUCAGACAUGGGUUCAUGCACUGCGGAAGGUGGAGAGGGACAAAAAGACGAUGGACCAGGAGAUUGUGGAGCUCACCAACAAACUGCUGGACGCCAAGAACACAAUCGACCGACUGGAGGAGCUCAACUGUCUCUCUCCUCAGGAGCGAUAUCGACACGACUGUAAUUUGGCCGUUCAGCUGCUCAAGUGCAACAAGUCGCAUUUCAGGAACCACAAGUUCGCUGAUCUGCCCUCUGAGCUUCAGGACAUGUUGAACAAACACAUGAAGACUCUGUCGGGGGGGGCCUCGGGCCCCCAGGACCCGGACACGCUCAGUUUGACGCCCGCCGACGUCGUGCCGACCUCCGUCAUCGCCCGGGUCCUGGAGAAACCCGAGCCACUAGUCCUGAAUUCUGCCCAAUCAAGCAGCUGCGGGCGACCCGUUGCUGAGGACGUCUUUGUGCAUGUGGACAUGACGGGCCCCGUUGGGGCCGAGGGACGGGGCCGGGACAACGGCGCUGCUCAGGAAGCGUUGCAGCACAACGGGUCCUGUCGCAGUCAGAGCAGUCUGGACGGGCAGUUGGGGGGUGAGGAGGGAGGCGGGGCUCCGUCUUUCGAGAAGCUGAACCCUUACCCGGUGCCGCCACACCCCCACCCCCUGUACCCCGGCCGCAAGGUCAUCGAGUUCACCUCAGACGAUAAAGUAAAGAUUCCCAAAAACUCGCCACUUCCCAACUGCACCUACGCCACAAGGCAGGCCAUCUCCCUGAGCCUCGUCCAAAACGAUGACGAGCGUUUGGCCCCCAGCAGCCCAGCCCCUUCCUCGUCCUUGGCUGGGGGGGGUGGAGCCAACCAGCACACGCCACCUUCACAGCGGGAUGUCGCCAGCGAGCCUCUAUCCAGCCAGUCUAGCCCCUUCAGCAGCCCACCACAGGCGCUCAGCGUGAUGGCGAGCUCUGGCAGCUCGGAGGAGGAUCUUCUGUCCAACUGGCAGAGGAUGUUUGUGGAGAAGAUGGCGCCGACGUGCGACAACUCUCUGGUCCACCGUACGUCGUUCAGCAGUCAGAUGGCUAAGGAGCUGCAGAGGAGGAGUCAGGCGGGAGGGGGUGGGGCCUCCUUUGACCACCACAGGACGGCAUACUCAGAUGGCGAGGAAGGAUCAUCGGCGAGGAGCUGGACGCCAAGCCGCGGCUCCAGCCUCGACACCGACACCGACACCGAGCCGCGGCCUGGCAGGAGGGGGCGGUAUGGGGGGGACGGCUCGGUGGAGGAGGGAGAGAGGCUGCUGAUGAACCUGGAGGAUGACGGUGGCAGCGGGGACACUGCGGUCACCGUGGCGUCCAGCCCCGUCAAUGCCCACAGGAAAGAGCUAGAGGAGGAGGAGAGCUCGGCCGAGGAGAGAGACGUCCUCCCCCAUGACCUGCCUGUCAUCUCGCCCCGCGUUCUGGAGUACGACCCCACCCUUGCCAGCACCGGCCCCUCGCACCGGCCACAGAAGAGUCCGAAGAGGAUGGGCGUCCACCACCUGCACCGCAAAGACAGCCUGACUCGAGCCCAGGAGCAAGGCACACUGCUGGACUGACCCUCGCUCGCCCCUGUUCUCCCUAAGCUGAUGUCUGUCUCCAUGGCAACUGACCUGCCCGUCAUAAGGGUCAUCCAGGAUAUAGCCAUGCAAUGCUGCGGUGUGUGUGCGUGUGAAACAUUGUCCACAUACUUUUGGUCAUGUAUGUAGCCUGAUCAGUUUUUAAACACAUGGUCAUCACAUGUCUGUAUACCUUUCAACCAACUAGCCAAAAGUAUGUGGACAGCAAACUAAUUUAGUUAUAGCAACAACACUUUUACACCAGAAUGUAAGAAAAUUAGGGCUUUCAAACCAUUACAACUAUUAAUCUGAUUAAUCCCAGGGUAGCUGUGAUUAAUCUGAUUAAUCACCAUUUCUAAAUGCCUGAAAAAUCCCCAUUUUUCUCUGUAUAUUGUGGGAACAGAAAGAUAAACGACAGAAGGUGGAUAUAUACACUUAACUUUAGUUUUUUUAUUGCUGACAAGUCCAAAUGAUAGUUAUUAAGAUUGAAAAAUAAAGUAAAAUCAAACUAAAACAUAACACACCUUAAUUAAACUUGGCUGUCUCUUUGCUUUGCCUCUGA